GCAGGCCCUCGAGAACUUCGAGUUCCCCGUGGUGUCGAUGUUCCAGCGGUGGAUGUUCCAGCAGGAGCGGGGCACGGACGUGGUCCCCUGGGCCAUCCUGGUCGUCGGCUGGCGCGAGGCCCAGCCGUGCAUCAACCACGUGGAGGCGGCGGCGACGGAGAACUUCGCGGGCCUGCGCCAGGACGCGCAGCGCAGCCUGCGGGCCGCCACCGGUGAGCCUGAUGGAACGGGCGAAGUCCGCGUCGCGGUGUCGACCGCCAUCAUCGUGGUGGAGAACUGGCUGCAGCACGCCCGGGCUGCCACAUGGGUGGCACGCAAGGUCUCCGGCAAGGGCGCCGCCAGGCCGUGCCCGGUGAGCAUCGUGCUGGCCCACGGCCGCGACGACCUCCGCGCCGCGAUCCUCGCCGCCGCCGGGGGCCCGCAGGGCCCGGCGGCGCCCCCGAAGGCGCUCGCCCGCGCCGAGCUCGGCGCCCCCGAGCACGCCAAGGGCGCCGACUCCGCGGCCCCCGGCGCGGCGGAGGUGGCCUGUGAGGCCUGACGGGCCGCCAGCGCGACGGCGCCACGGCGCAGCAUGGCAGCAGGGCAGCUGACCGGCCGUCGGCCCGCGGGCGGGAGGGGGCCCGUGCCUCGGGGUGGGGCCGCCGCGGCUCUGGCCGUGGAGGGCCGAGGGAGGGCCGGGCGGCGCGGCCGAGGGGCCGCGCCGCGGGGCCACGUGGUGCCGCUGCCAGCAGCCUGGCAGCGCGCUGCUCCCCGGGGGGCACGUGCGCGGACCAGCGCGCCGCUCUCGGCCCCGCCCGUCCUGGGCCCCUUGGCAUCGCUCGGACGUGUGCC